GCGCCACCCCGCGCCGCGGGGGCGGGGUGGGCCCGCCUCCGGCCGCCGGUAACGCUCUGCUCUCCCUGCACAGGCGCCAUGGAGGACGAGGAGCGGCUCAAGAAGCUGGAGGCUGGGAAAGCCAAGCUUGCCCAAUUUAGGCAGCGAAAAGCGCAAUCUGAUGGGCAGAAUGCAUCAAAGAAGCAGAAAAAGAAAAAGAAAACAACAAACAGCAAAGAUGAUGAAUCAGUACAUGAUGGGCCUGAUAUCAAUCGAUCUCAAGGUGAUGAAACAUCCACAUGCAGCAGCCGAAGAGGAGCAGCUGCUACUGCUGACUUUGCUAUAAUCAGGACUUUGCACAGUGGGGAAAUUGUCAAACACAACCAGACUUGCACCAUUGAGCCUGAAAGUGAAAUUUCCACUACAGUAGAAGAUUACAGUUCUGAGGUAAAUGGUUGCAGUUUUGUGACAAGAACAGCUAUACCUGCAGACUUAAUCAGGGAAGAAGAAUUUGGAGUUGGAGAAAUUUGUUCUGAGCAUGGAACACAGCACUCUCAGAUGCAGCUAGAGGUGAUGGAGAAUGAAUUGGCUGGGAAACAGCAAGAGAUUGAAGAGCUAAACAGAGAGAUAGAAGAAAUGAGGGCAGCAUAUGGUACAGAAGGAUUGCAACAGCUGCAAGAAUUUGAAGCUGCUAUCAAAAAAAGAGAUGACAUUAUCACCCAGCUCACUACUAAUCUACAACAGGCACGGAAAGAGAAGGAUGAAACUAUGAGGGAAUUUUUAGAGCUUACUGAACAAAGUCAAAAAUUGCAAAUUCAAUUUCAGCAUUUGCAGGCAAGUGAAGCCCUAAGGAACUCCAGCCAUAGUUGCACAGCUGCUGAUUUAUUGCAAGCCAAACAACAGAUCCUUUCACAUCAGCAACAACUAGAAGAACAAGAAUGCCUGCUGAAGAAUUAUCAAAAAAAGAACGAAGAAUUUGAAGCACAGAUUACACAUCUUCAAGACAAAAUUAGAACGUACGAAAUGGAAAAACAGAAAAACGAAGGAGAAGAUUUGAGUAAACUGCAAGAAAAAGAAGCUCUAAUUGAAGAGCUGGAAGCAAAACUGGGAGAAGAAGAAAGAAAUUCAUUUCAGCUUACGGAAAAAUUAUCAGAUACCAGUAAAUUACUUGAAGAAUUAAAAGAACAGAUUUUACUGAAGACCCAGGAGAUAAAUAAUAUGAGAGUUGAACUUACCACCUACAAACAGAAAGAAAGGCAAUGUUCUGAUGAAAUAAAACAAUUAAUGGGAACUGUGGAAGAACUUCAGAAACGAUGUUACAAAGACAGUCAGUUUGAAAGUGACAUUGUGCAAAGGAUGGAACUGGAAACACAACGGAGACUGGCACAACUUCAGGCUGAAUUAGAUGAAAUGCAUGGCCAGCAGAUUGUACAAAUGAAGCAAGAAUUAAUUAAGCAACAUGCAAUAGAAAUAGAACAACGGCUUUCUCAACAAAAAGUAGAGCUGGAGAAAACUUCAAGUUUAUGUUCAAAUGAUAAUGUUAAUAAAGAUCAAAUGCAUUUAAUGAAUAUUAAAAUUAAUGAAUUGAACAUGAAAUUGCAAGAUGCUGAUAAUGAAAGAGAAAAAAUAAAGCAAGAAUUGUCACAACAGAUGGAAGUCAUUUCUGCAGAGAAGUCUCUUCAACAAACUAAAUUUGAAGAUCUUUUCCAAGAAUUGAAUUUUUCAAGAGAGCAGGUUCAAAGAGCCAGACAAACUAUAAUGGAUAUGGAAUGUAGAUUAAAUGAAGCUGAAAAAUAUGAGUUUGUGAUUGAAGAUCUGAAAACUCAACUUGCUUCUGCUUCUGAAUUCAGAGAAGAAUUAGAAUUAAAACAUGAGGCAGAGGUCACAAAUUACAAAAUAAAACUUGAAAUGCUAGAAAGGGAGAAGGAUGCAGUUUUGGACAGGAUGGCUGAGUCUCAAGAAGCUGAAUUAGAGAGACUGAGGACACAGCUUCUGUUUAGUCAUGAAGAAGAACUGUCCAGGCUUAAAGAAGACUUAAAAAAAGAACACAUGGCAAGCAUGGAAAGCCUUAAAGAUAACUUAAAUAUACACUAUAAACAGCAGUUAGAUGGGGUACAGAAUGAAAUGAGUCAAAAGAUAGAAACUAUUCAGCUUGAAAAGGAGAACUUAAUCACAGAGCAAAAUCAAUUGAUAUUGGAGAUUUCAAAGCUAAAAGAUUUGCAGCAGUCUAUUGUAAAUUCUAAAUCUGAAGAAAUGUCACUUCAAAUCCAUGAGCUGCAGAAGGAGAUUGAGGUACUUAGGCAAGAAGAAAAAGAAAAAGGUACCCUUGAGCAGGAAGUCCAAGAGUUGCAGCGUAAAACUGAGUUGAUGCAGAAACAAAUGAAGGAGAGAGAAGAGAGCCUUAAUGAAAAGUGUUCAGAACUUGCAACACAAAAUAACUUUCUUAAAGGAGAAAACAAAAAUCUGGAAGAGAAAUUGAAAAAUAUGAUGAUGGUAAGCUCUGAAGAAAUUGUCAUUUUCAAAGACUGUGUUAGUUCCAAGGCAGAAAAUCUAGUCUUGCAAAAAGGAAUAGAAGAGGUGAUUAAUGAAAAUGAGCAACUUAAAAAACAGAACAGUCAACUUAAAGAGGAUUUUGAAAGGCAGAAGAAUGCCUUUUUGUUUACUGAGAAAAAACUUGAAGCUAAUUUUAAAGAGCUGCAGGAAGAAUGUGCUAGCCUUCUGAAGACAAAAACUGAUUUAGAAGAGAACAAGAAUAAGCAGGAAGCCGAGUAUAAAAUUAAACUAAAAGCUCUGAGUGAAGAACUUCAACACUUGCAAAGCCAUAGACCAGUUUUGUUGAAAACUAAAAGUUCUAGUUUUGAAGAUAGUAAAGAAAAUAAGAUAUACAGGGCAGACACAUUUGGAGCUGGAGAAGUUAUUGAGAAAGAUGCAACAGAACUUAUGGAAAAGCUUGAGGUGAUCCAACGUGAGAAACUGGAAUUAUCGCUGCGACUUUCAGAUCUUUCUGAACAGUUGAAGUCAAAGCAUAGUGAAAUUUGUCAUUUAAAUGAAAAAGUUAAAUCCUUAAAACAUGAGAAAGAACAAGUUCUAGCAAAAUGUAAAGAACUAGAAGUCAAAAUUAGCCAUACUCAGAAAAGAAAUAUCGAUAUUACUGAACGUAAGACAAAAUGCUCUGAAGGAAAAGCUCUGAAGACUGCUACUGCAGCAUCUGAAGGUAGAAGUACCGUAUCUGGUCCAAGCAGUAAAGUUGAUGAAGCAAUAAAUGUAGCAGAUGAUCUGGGCUCAGAUAAAGAUAUCAGUCAUCAGGUAGCAAAAAGAAAGGAAGUUCAGCAAAUCUUGAAACCAGAACAGCAGUUUCUUGUAGAACAUUUGCAUGAGAUGACAGAGGAACUGACUGAUGAAACAUCAUUAAUAGCAGUAACACAAAGUGAAAAUAAUCAGCUUCAGCAGCAAGUGGAUUCAUUGAAAUCAGAACAGACUGAUUUACAGCUACAGAUGGAAGCGCAGCGCAUUUGUCUGUCCCUGGUUUAUUCAGUGCACGUAGACCAGGUUCGUGAUUACAUGAAAGCAGAAAAAGAGACUGCACUUCGCAGUCUUAAAGAGGAACUUGUGCAUAGUCAUCUACAAGAGAUGAAUGAUCUUAAAAAAAUGCAUCAACUGGAGCUCCAGACCUUGCAAAUUCAACGUGCAGGUGAUGAAGUCAAAUCUACACAAAGACUUAUAGAAAAGCUAAGUGAAGCUGUAUCUGAGGAAUGUUCUAGGCUCACUCAGCUUCUGUGUCAUUACAAGAAUGAGCAGUCUUCAGCUAUUGUAGAAGCUGAUGAUAGGGAACAGGAUAUGUUCCAUAUCCCUGCUGCUGAGAAGGAAAAAUUGAAUAUAGAAUUGGCAACGCACAGAGGUGAAGCUCAAGCUUUGCAAGAACAUAUGGAUGCUCUCCUGCACAAAAUAAAGGAAGAAUACAGCAGGCUGAGUGCACUUCGAACAUGCUUGGUGAAGGAUGGUAAACAGGUCAGAGACCCAUGGAUAUUAUCUUCUGAACCUAAGCCUCAGAGAAAAGAGGGCUCUAAUUGUCUGGAAACAAGAAAGGAGUGUCUGCAGACUCCUUCGCAGGAUCUAAUGGAUCCUAAGAUUCAAGAGUACCUUUGGAGGGAGUUAGAGAACCUUAAAACACAACUUGAAGAAAAACAUGCUCAUGAACUGGAGCACCUCCGGUCCUAUUUUCAACAGCGGCUGAAAGAAAAUGAAGAGAGGUACACUACAGAGAUUGUUCAUUUGCAAGAUAAGCUUCAGAGUGCUGAGGUAUCAUCUGACCAUAUGAGUAUAUCUGCAGAUUCACAAAUAAAACCAGAAGAGGUCUUCAGAAAAGUAAAAUACACCAAAAAUCUUCAUCAGCAAAGAGCAGAUGUGGCUGUGGAGCUUGCCGGUGAACUUGAAAUGAAGAAUGAUCUGGACAUUGUUCAGCUGCUAGAAAAACAGUACCAAGAAAGAUUAGAAGAAGAAAUAGCGAAGGUUAUUGUGUCAAUGAGCGUAGCAUUUGCACAACAGACUGAAUUAUCAAGAAUUACUAAGCAGAAGGAAGAAGAAACACAAACACAGAUAGUGCAUCAACAGGGAAGGCAUUUUGAAGUUAAAAAUCAAUGUAGAGAAGAAGUAGACAGCCCUCUCAGAAAGGCAACAAAAAAAGGCAGUAAGCAUGAAGAACUAAAAUCACUUUGCAAAGAACUCAGUGAAGAGUCUGGUGAGAUGAACUCGCUUGGAGGACAGCUUGAUUCGAGUAGCAGGCCCGAUUACGUAUUAGGACAAACCACUCAUGAAAUGGUAAUUUCUGAACAAGUUUUCUCUCAGGUCAAAGAGCUUAUGGUAGAAGAAACACUGCACUGCAGUGAGAUGACAACAGAAACAUCAAGUCAACUGCUGUUGUACGAGGAACGUUUGGAAGACAUGCGGCAGGAACUAGUACGGCAAUAUCAGGAACAUCAGCAGGCAACAGAGUUAUUAAGACAAGGACAUAUGCAGCAAAUGGAACGUCAGAAGGAAAAUCAGGAACAACUCCUAGCGGAGCUUGAGAGUCUGAAAGUGCAGUUAGCUGAGCGAGUCUCAAUGGAGAAUGACAGCUUGGUUACAGAGAGGGAGAAAAUGCUUUUGGAAGAACUGGAAUCAGUAAAGCAGCAUUUUGCGUCUGAAAAACAGAGGCUGCAUUGUGAGCUACAAAACAGAAGCACGCAAACGCAGAGUGAAGAUGAAAGCCAAGGCAAUGUGAGAGAACACACAUUUGAGGAUGAAGAUGAAGGAAGAAAGUCUGAAGAAACAUCAGCUCUUCUUUCAAAAGAGAGACAUGUUUUUCAGAAGGCUAAUGAGAAACUUAUGAAGAUUCUUUUAGAAGUUGUGAAGACAACUGUGGCCAUAGAGGAGACAAUUGGUCGCCAUGUUCUUGGAUUACUGGAUAGAUCUGGGAAAGUCCAGCCUUCCAAACCAGUUGGAUGGGACACAGAGACAGAGGAAUCAGUAAAUCCUUGUGUCCAUGUGGGGUAUGAAAAAGAGUCCUGUUCCUCAUAUCAUGAUAGUAAUAUGGGAGUUGAUGAUAUUAACAUGUGGUCAAGAGCAACAGAUGAAGGACUGCUGACCCAACAACUUGCAGAAAGCGGAAUGGAAGUAGAUCCUGAAAAUGAAGAACUAGUUCUGAAUGUUAGUUCUCGACUGCAAGCAGCUGUUGAAAAACUCCUGGAAGCCAUCAGUGAAACUUCAGAUCAGCUUGAACAUGCUAGAAUUACUCAGACAGAACUCGUGCGAGAGUCCUUCAAAAAGCAACAAGAAGCCACAGAAUUUAUCAAGUGUCAGGAAGAGCUGCAAGAGCGUCUUAGUGAAGAAAGCAAAGCCAGAGAGCAGUUGGCUUUGGAGCUUAGUAAAGCUGAAGGCAUCAUUGAUGGUUAUGCAGAUGAUAAAGCAUUUCUGGAAAAACAGCUCCAGGAAAAAAUAGAUGUAAUUGACCAUCUUGAGCAAGAACUACUGUGUACAGGUAACAAAUUGCAGGAGUUAGAGGCUGAACAGCAGCAGAUCCAGGAAGAAAAGGAGUUACUAACCAGACAGAAGGAUGCCAUGCGAGCAGAUGCAGGGCCGGUAGAGCAACAAUUGCUGGAGGAAACAGAAAAGCUAAUGAAAGAAAAAAUUGAAGUACAGCGUCAAGCUGAAAAAGAAUACGAUGACCUCCAGAAGCAAGUGAAAGUCUUGGAAAUAGACUUAGAAGAGCAAGUCAAUCGUUUCAUAGAACUAGAACAAGAAAAAAAUGCAGAACUAAUGGACUUAAGGCAGCAAAACCAGGCUUUGGAGAAGCAACUUGAGAAAACAAGAAAAUUCCUAGAUGAGCAAGCAGUUGACAGAGAGCAUGAGAGAGAUGUAUUCCAGCAAGAGAUACAGAAGCUGGAACAGCAACUUAAGAUUCCACAAAGGAGUCAGCCUGUCAAUGAACAUCAAACCAGAGAGGUUGAACAAUUAACAAAUCAUCUAAAAGAAAAAACAGACAAAUGCAGUGAGCUUUUGCUCUCUAAGGAGCAACUUCAGAGAGAUAUACAAGAGCGAAAUGAAGAAAUUGAGAAACUGGAAUGCAGAAUAAGAGAACUGGAACAAGCCCUAAUCAUCAGUGCCGACAACUUGCAAAAGGUGGAGGAAAGGAAACAGUUUGGCACCAUCAUAGAAAAGGGAGAAUUACCACUUGAAGUACAACUGCAAGCUGAACGCGAAGCUGUGGACAGAAAGGAAAAGGAGAUCAUAAAUCUUGAGGAACAACUGGAACAGUUUCGAGAGGAGCUAGAAAAUAAGAAUGAAGAAGUUCAGCAAUUGCAUAUGCAACUAGAAAUUCAGCGAAAGGAGUUCACUACACGAUUGGAAGAACUUGAGCAAGAGAACAAGUUAUUUAAGAAUGAAAUGGAAAUACUGGGACUAGCUAUCCAGAAGUCUGAAGAUGCCACCGUAAAGGACCAUCAUGUAGUAGCUGGGAAAUUCACUCACAUCAUGCAAGAAAAGGAGCAGGAAAUAGAUCAUCUUCAUGAACAAAUUGCAAAACUGCAACGGCAACUUGAAGUCACAACUGACAACAAAGUUAUUGAAGAGAAAAAUGAACAUAUACGGGAGCUUGAAGCCCAGGUAGAAUGUUUGAAAAGUGAUCAGGAACGUAUAAAGAAAAAAAAUGAUGAGGAAAUGGAACAGUUGAAUGAUGUAAUUGAUAAGCUUCAGCAGGAACUGGCAAAUAUUGAUCAAAAAGUACCUGCAGACAUCACUGCUUUUCAAGAAGAUGCUGACAGUCUGAAACACACGCUUGAAACAGUUCUGGCAGAAAAAGCAGCUUUGGAGAAGCAUGUGGAAAACAUUAAUGUAGAGGCAUCUCGAACAAAGAAUGAGCUUGAGGAAACUAAGUUAAAAAUGAACAAGCUAAAACAAGAAAUAAAUCUGUUAAAAAAAGAACAUGAAAGAAUAACAGAGAAGUAUGUGUGUGCAAUGACAAAAGGUGAUACAGAAAAAACAGAAGACUGCAGCAAUGGAAAAACUGAAAAAGUGAAAGCAGACUCAUGUGAGAAGAUAGAAUUGCUAGAUCAAACCCAGCUUAGGUCUUCAUAUGAAAAUACAAGAGUCACCAUUAGCAAGAUGGAAGUACAACUGCAGCAGCUUCAGGCAUGCAUUAAGGAAAAAGAUUCAGAACUGCGCCACUCCUACAAUGAAAUAAAAGACCUAAAAGAGCAAGGCAAAGCUGAAAGAGAAACGCUUAAAAAGAAGAUACAAGACCUGGAGAAAACACUUGUGGAAAAGGUUGCUGCUGCUCUUGUGAGUCAGGUUCAGCUAAAUGCAGUUCAAGAGCAAAGGAAAAUUAUGCAGGAAAUCCAAGCAGCUUCAAAAUGUGCAGAAGAAGCAAAUAAGAGUGCCCAAACAGAGGAUUUGGAUGAUGUAGCUGAAAAUGAGAUGGAAUCAAAGUUAUCACUCUUGACACAGAGGGUUACAGAGGUGGAGUACCAGCUGACAGAGAUGAAUCAUAACUUGGAGCUAGAAAAGGAAAAUGUAAAGAUUGCACAAAAAGAAGCUAAAUUGAAAGAACAGAGACUCUUAGAACUUCAGCAAUUACUGGAAGAGAUUCAAGAAAGGCACAAAGAAGAGAUUCAGAAGUACAUUAAGCAAGAAGGAAUGCAGACAUUUCAGGUAGCAGCACAACUCAUGGAAAGUCAAAAAAGCAAUGUACUUAUUGAUGAAUUUGAACUAGAAAAAGUUAAAGAAGAGUCAGCUGCUGCUAAGAAAGAGUUGAGUAGUUACAGAGAAGAGGCAGAAAAACUUCAACAAGAACUAGCAGUGAAAGAAGCAAAGCUGGUAAGUCUUCAGGAAGAUCUGUGCAAAGUCAAGGAGAACCUAGUUCAGGCAGAAGAUAAACUUGAAAGUUAUGUUAGAAAGGACAAGGAAAUGGCAAAAGCUGGAAGCAAGAAGGAUGUAGAAAUACAAUCUGAUUUGUCAGGCAGUGAGUCUCCUCUAAUUAGAAAAAGCACAUGUUCACAAACAGACAAGACUGUGGAAAUCAACAGCUGUAUCCAGACUUUACCAGUUCUUGUUAAACAUGCAGAAAUUCAAAUUGAUUUGCAAAGUGAAUGCUCUUCAGAAGAGAUUGCAGAGAUUAUAAGAGAAUUUACUGAAAAAAUUGAUCAAAUGCAAGAGCUCCAUGCUGCUGAAAUCAUGGACAUGGAGACGAGGCAUAUUUCUGAAUCUGAAGAACUAAAGAGAGAAAAGUUUGUUGCAGUGCAAGUAUUGACCGAAGAAUGUAAUAAUUUAAAGGAAGUCAUAGAAACUCUACGAGCUAAAGAGGGAGUACAGAUCCCUGGAUUAGCAUGUUCUCCACCUUAUCAAGCUAAAGAUGGAUGUUCUAGUGACUCUAGUUCAGACUGGAGUCAAGGAACAUAUCUUGCUCAGACCCAAGGGUCUGACGCAGUAUCUGAAGGAAUAGAUGAAGGUGAAACUUCAACAGAUUUACUCCCCCAAAAGAUUAAGGGUUUGCUGAGAGCAGUCCAUCAUGAAGGCAUACAGGUGUUGUCUCUUACUGAGUUUCCCUAUGGUGAAAGAGAGAUACCAUCUCCUAAGCAAGGGCCAGAAUGUUGGUUUGAAGAAAGGAAAGCUUUUCUAAGCACCAUUGCAUCUUUGAAAGACCUAAUUGCAAAAAUGCAACUUCACAAGGAAGCUGAGAUUUAUGCAAGUUCUGAAUCUCCUGAAGGAGUCUCUGACUGGCGAGGAGAACUUCUACAUGGUAUUCAACAAGUUUUUGUAAGAGAACAAAAUGUUCUUCUUGCUGCAUUUCAAAAUGAACUUGCAGAACUGGGCACAAGAGAUGCAGUGAUAUUGAUGAAUCAGUUAGAACACAGACUACAAGAGCAGGCUACUAAUCAGAGAACAGUCAUGGACUGUCUUCAGAAUGCAGACAGAAGAAGUUUGCUAAUGGAGAUUCAAGUAUUACGUGCCCAGAUGAGCAGUAAGAAAACUAAUCCAAAGAGAGAACAAGAGAUUGAUUCAAAAAGCCAAGAAAUGCUGGAGUAUAAUAUGCAGCAGAAGCAGUCACAGAUACUGGAGAUGCAAGUGGAGCUCCGGAGCGUAAAGGACAGAGCAGCUGAGCUUCAGGAACAGCUGAAUUCAGAGAGAAUGAUGGGUGCUGAGCUGAAGAAUGAACUUGCACAAGCUAAACUAGAGCUUGAAACGACCCUUAAAGCACAGCACAAGCACUUCAAGGACCUAGAAACCAUCAGAACUGAAGUUAAAGAAAAAGCAGCUGAACUAGAUAUACUUAAGGAUACAAUGGCAGGUGAACAGAAGAAAUCAAGAGAGUUACAGUGGGCUUUGGAAAAGGAAAAAGCUAAACUGGAACGCAGUGAGGAAAGAGGAAGAGAAGAGCUUGAGGAUUUAAAAUUUUCACUUGAAGAUCAAAAACAAAAGAACUUACAGUUAAAUCAACUUUUGGAGCAAGAGAAACAGCUGUCAAGUGAUCUGCAACAAAAAAUUGAAUCCCAAGAAGCACUCAGUGCUGCCCAGCUGUCACGUGAACGAGGCCGUAAUUCAGAGUUGCAGGUGCUUCUUGAAUCAGAAAAGGUUCGAGCUCUUGAAAUAAGCAGUGCCCUAGAAAGGGAGAAGGAGCUCUGUGCUCAGCUUCAAAGUGCUGAAGAUAAGGGGCAAGCUGGAACACCUAAUCCAUCUGAGGAAUUACUUAAAGAGCUACAGAAACAAAUGGAUGAAAAGCAUGACCGUGUGGUGGAGUUAGUAAGUGAAAUGGAGAAGUAUAAACUGGAAUCUGUGCAAGUGAGACAGCAAAUGGAAAAAGAAAGGCAGAUCCAGAGGAAAGCAUUACAAGCAGAACAGGAUGCUAACAUAAUAGCACAGAAAAAACUCCAUGAACUGGAGUCCAAAGUAGAAGAUCUUCAAUGGCAGCUUGAAGAAAAGAAAAAAGAGGUUCAUAAAUUGGGGAAUGAGGCAAAGAAAUUGCAGGAAAUAAUCCAAGAACAACAGAAGAAGGAGCAGGAGAAUGAAGGAAAAGGGGAGGCUGAAAGAACAAGCCACAAUCAAAAUGAGAGUACCUGGGAUACGCCAAAUGAGAGAACAAGAAAUUGGGUUCUCCAGCAAAAAAUGGAAGGAGCUGAGACAAAUGAAUCAACCUACCCCACAGUGACAGGAGGAGGAGAUCUCUCUGCAGCUACUGAAGUUCUGGAAAAUGUCAGACAAAAGCUGCAAAACGCAUCUCCAAAGCUGAAGCAGUUGGCUCGCAAAGCUGCUAGCAGAUUACAGUUUGAAACAGCAGACGAUCAAGAUUUUAUUGCAAUACAAAAUGCUAUUGAAGAAGUUAUUUCAGAGCUACAAAAACUAUCUGGAUUGUCAUAUCUAGAAGAGCUGAAGCUAGUGCUACCACCAGGGACUCCCUCUAGCUCAUUGACUGAGAGGCUGCUGAGACAAAAUGCUGAGCUGACAGGCUUUGUCAGCAGACUGAGUGAAGAAAAGAAUAAUUUGAGGAAUGCUGUUAUGAAACUGGAGGAAGAACUGAGAAGAUACCAACACAGAGGACGUUGUGGAGACUAUUCUUCUAGACACUCAUCAGAUGCUGGAGUUAAUAUUGAUACUCUUGUUGCCUCGGAGAAGGAAAUUUGGAACAGAGAGAAGUUAUCACUACAGAAAUCUUUGAAACAAGCCGAUGCAGAGCUCUCCAAGCUGCGAGCAGAGCUCAGGAGCGAAGCUUUCCUCCGAGAACUGGGAUCAGACUCUGAAAAUGCUAUCCUAAGGAGAAUUUAUGGAAAAUACCUACGAGCAGAGAGCUUUCGGAAAGCUCUCAUAUAUCAGAAGAAAUAUUUACUGCUGUUACUGGGUGGAUUCCAGGAGUGUGAAGAAGCCACACUGGCCCUCAUUGCACGAAUGGGUGGACAGCCUUCCUACACAGACCUUGAAAUCAUCACGCAUCAUUCAAAGGGUUUUACGAGGUUUCGUUCUGCAGUCAGAGUGUCCAUUGCAAUUUCAAGAAUGAAGUUCCUGGUUCGGCGAUGGCACAGAGUUACGGGUUCUGGUAUAUUAAGUGUCAGUAGGGAUGUCUUCAGCCAGAACACAGGUAAUGAAUUGCGGCCUGAUUCAUUCUCUGGUGGCAUGGAUCUUUAUGGAGAACAAAGACAUUCUUAUAGAUCCAGAUCAGACAUGGAGUCUCCCAGAUCUCCUGUAAAUUUUCAGCACAAGAUCCAUGGCCUGCAUGCUGAUUUAAACUCAGUCUCUUUUGCGUGUUCUCAACUGCAGAACUAUGAUCCUGAAAGAGCUUUAACAGAUUAUAUCAAUCGGCUGGAGGCACUACAGAGGCGACUUGGAAGUGUGCAGUCAGGUUCCACUUCAUACACUCAGCUGCACUCUGGUGUGAGAAGAUAAUGUUCUUUCAACAUCUCCAUCACUGCUAGUGAUGUUAAUGGAUUGCCUUCUGCAAAGCUGUGCUCUUCCUGUGCUUUUGUAUAAUGUGUAUAUUGUGGGACCAAUAUGAACACAGCUGUAUGAUUGUAUACAGUUCCAUCCUGGCAUACCCACACAGACUGGGGCUUAUGUAUAUAGGCACUUUGUGUUCAUGCAAAAAAAAAAAAAAAAAUCAUCAAAUUACAUGUAUAUUUGUGGAAUGCUAAUUUAAAUGAUUAACUUAUGAAGUGUGUAUUUAUCAAAAGGGUGCAAAGAUUAAACUUGUGUAUUAAUGAAAUUGAGCUACAUUCAGUGAAGUUCACUUGCACUUUUUCUGGCAAGGCUACUGAAGUUACACACCUCUGUCAUAGUAUUUGCUACUGGCAGUGCAGACAGAAUAUCACUUGUAGAGACCUAUUUUUGUAAUGGUAGAAGUUUUGAAUUUUAUGGGUAUUUUGUCAAAGUACUGAAAUAAAGACUUCAUCCUUUUAA